AAGAGCAGCUUUACCGUAUAGAUACAACCUUGGCCGGCGAUGGGCGGAGUCAGGUGGGGUGGGGGGGUUCCUCGUGCCUGCUCUCCCCCGCCCUCCCGAAUCUCGGUUAUAAAAGGGGAGAGGCGCAGCCCAGGUAAAGGCUGUUGAGCUGAUGGCUUCUCUAAAAAUGGAUGGCGGGCGGUGGGGCUGCCGCCGGCUGCUUCUCUUCUUCAGUCUUGCCGGUGCUGUCGGCUGCGUCCCGGGGUUCUGGGAUCGCCCGCGCCUCCGCUCGGCGUCCCGCACGGAUCCUGGCCCCAUCCUUGAUCCCCGCCCUUACUGCACCUGCUACUUCCCCCAGAAGAUCGACCACUUUGGCUUUUCAGAAGACGGCACAUUCAAGCAGCGCUACCUCAUAUCAGUUCAGCACUGGAUGAGAGAUACCGGCUCGAUGCUUUUCUAUACUGGCAAUGAAGGCGACAUCACCUGGUUUGCGAAUAAUACAGGUCUCAUGUGGAACAUCGCUGAAGAGCUCAAUGCCAUCUUGGUCUUUGCUGAGCACCGAUACUAUGGGGAGUCUCUGCCCUUUGGAAACAAAUCAUUCGUUGAUGCCAAACAUCUGAAUUACCUGACAUCGGAGCAAGCCCUGGCAGACUUUGCUAUGCUCAUUCAGCACCUGAAGGCAACGAUCCCAGGCGCCCAAGAUACUCCUGUGAUCGCCAUCGGGGGCUCUUAUGGAGGGAUGCUGGCUGCCUGGUUUCGGAUGAAAUAUCCUCACAUAGUUAUUGGAGCUCUCGCAGCAUCGGCCCCCAUCUGGCAGUUUGAAAGCCUGGUUUCCUGUGGCACUUUUUACCAGAUAGUAACACAAGACUUUGAAAAGAGUGGGCCGCACUGCUCGGAAAGCAUCCGGAAUUCCUGGGCGGCCAUUGACCGCCUCGCUUCCACAAAGGAAGGCUUACACUGGCUCUCGACUGCAUUUCACCUGUGCAGUCCGCUGAAAACGGAGACAGAUGCUGCUGCCUUCAAAGCGUGGCUAAGUGAGACGUGGGUUAACUUGGCGAUGGUUGACUACCCAUAUAAGGCUGACUUCUUGCAGCCUCUUCCUGCCUGGCCUAUUCAGGCGGUUUGCCAGUACUUGAAAAAUCCCAAGGUGUCAGACAAAUUGCUGCUCCAGAAUAUCUUCCAGGCAGUCAAUGUUUACUUUAACUACACAGAACACACACCGUGCCUUAACUUAACUCAGACUGCCACCAAAAGCCUUGGGAUGCAAGGCUGGUAUUAUCAGGCCUGCACCGAAAUGGUGAUGCCCAUGUGUUCAGAUGGCAUCCACGACAUGUUUGAGCCUCAGAAGUGGGACAUCCAUCAAUACUCUGAAGACUGUUUCAGUACCUGGAAAGUGAGACCUCGUCCGUCUUGGGUCCCCAUUUCCUAUGGGGGGAAGAAUAUUAGUGCGCACACCAACAUCAUCUUCAGCAACGGUGGGCUUGACCCCUGGUCUGGGGGCGGAGUCACUCGGAACAUCACGGACUCUCUCGUUGCCAUCGUGAUCCCGGAAGGGGCUCACCACUUAGACCUGCGCUCCAACAACCCUUAUGACCCGGCCUCUGUGUUGCAAGCCCGCCUUCUGGAAGUCCAUUACAUGAAGCUGUGGCUGGCAAAGUACAGACUGGAAAAGUGCCGGAAGUAACUGGAAUUGCUGGAUUUUGUGAUCAUGGUUUCCCUUUGACAUUGGCAGGAACUGAUCACCUCCUUGGCUUGCUUGACGAGCAUGCUGUGGGGUUUUUUCCACUCCUUUCCUCCUCUCCUGACCCCAAAAGAGUUAAAUUCGCUCUCUUGAGUCCCCCCACCCAAAUCCAAAUUCCUUGGGACUGUCUGGGACUCUUCAUUUUCUAGGACAGGAGUUCCCAACCGUCAGUUGCCAGAUGUUGCUGGACUACAUCAUGGGUGGUAUAGUCCAACAACAUCUGGGGAUGAAUUUUAUCCAUCAGCUGUAUUAAUGAUUUUGAGAGAGAGAGAUUAGCCAGGUUAAUUGUAUUAUUUCAGAGAUUCUCCAAUUUGGGUCCCCAGAUGUUGUUGGACUAUCAUGCCCAUCAUCCCCAGCCACAAUGGCCUUUUGACAUUGUGGCUGGGGAUGAUAUGAAUUGUAGUCCAACAGCAUCUGGGGACCAAGUUUAAGAACCCCUGUAUUCUGUGGUUCUGCACAAUACAAACCUAAAUGAAUAUUGUGCAUAACCGCAGUUGGUGCCUCUUCCUUGGUGCCUUUUCCUGUUGUUUUUCCAGCUCCUGGCAGGCUGCAAGUGGCACCAGCAGAAUGCAGGAGUGCUUUUCCCCACUCCUUCCAAGGAAAAAGGCUACAUCCAAACUGCGUCAGAUACUAUCGGCACAAGAAUCCAGGAUACCUGUGCACAGCGUUUCUGACAAUGGGGUCCAUCACUGCAAGUGUGGGAUGUUUUCUGAGCAGGUCCUUCUCUCUCCUCCCUCCAUCCCUUUAACCAUCGUUGGCUUUGGUAUGGAGAGUGUGGCCCAGCACAUCAUGUAUGGAAUUUGCUGGCAGAAGAUGCUUAGUCUGUCCAGCAGGGAACAAAAUGUUAAGCCAGCUUGGGGGGGUUUCGGGGCAAAGCUCAGUGGCAGAGCAUCUGCUUAGCAUGCAGAAGGUCCCAGGUUCGAUCCUUGGCAUCUCCAGGUAGGACUGGCAAAGAAGCCUGCCUGAAACCUUGGAGAGACGCUGCCCAUCAGAGCAGGCAAUACUGAGCUCGAUGAACCAAUGGUCUGACUCAGCAGGCGGCAGCUUCCUACGUUUCCUCUGCCAGAUUACAUGGAGGCAAUGGAGGCUGAAGAUCUUCUUGCAUCUUACUGAUCUGAGGACUGAAAACAUUGAAACUCUGAACUUUAUUUGCCAAUAUUGGGGCAUCUACGUUUGCCUUUCUAAUGUGGAUGCAGCGUCCGUAGCUGUUUUUGUCUCCAAGAGGCAAAGUCUUGUUUCCAUUAAAAGUUCAUCAUGGGGUUGCUGCUGUUUUAGCUGGCUGAGGCUGAUGCUAUAUCAGGUUGGGAAUUUCCAACCUCAUGUUUGCCACUGUGUGUGUGUGUGUGUGUGUGUUUGUUUAACCCUUGCUCUGCCCAUCACUUCCCCCAGACCUUAUCCUUCUGUAUCAUUUUGUGUCCAGCUAGACUCAAAUCUUUCGACAUGGCUGCAGGAAAAAGCUGUUGCAGAGGCGAAGAUCCUGGGACAAAGCACAAUGGGGAGUGAAGAGUUAAAUGCCCCACAGACAAAGAUCCAGGCACCCCUGCAUUGGUGGCAUCACGUCUCCUUUUCAGCCUGGGUUGUAGUGCCUUGCCUGAAACUUUCAGGGUUAUUGCUGUAUGUGAUGUUGGGGGAGGAAAUGUGCUUCCAGCGUUUGGCUUGCACUACUAGUUUGAAAAGGAGGAAAUGUACAGGUUGAGUAUCCCUUAUCUGAAUUGCUUGGGACCAGAAGUGUUCCGGAUUUUGGACUUUUCCAGAUUUUGGAAUAUUUGCAUACUGUAAUGAGUGAUCUUGGGCAUGGGAUCCAAGUCUAAACAUGAAAGGUUACUGUACACUCUAUUUUAUUUCUUUAGGUUUUAUUUAAAGAAUAAAAACAAAUAAGCAUUGUA